CUAACGAGCGCAGUUGGGGUGGGAACUGGGGGUCCCCUUAAGCGAGAAUGGGGCGAUUCCUCCCACCAGGUGCUCAGCAAGGGGUUUGCCGGGGCGGGCUGCGCCAUUUCUUCUGCCCACGUCGCAGGUCUCCGCCAUCUUGCCUAUUUGAGGAGUAAGAUUUUUAAUUUUUACCUCAGGAGGAUUUCCAUGUCUGUGCAAGCGGCAGGUUCUUCCUCAGGCAGCCCCUCCUGGGUCUCUUUUUUUUUUUUUUUUUUAAACCGGUUUUUGUUUGUUUGUUUGCGGGUGUGGGUAUUUUUUCGAGAGUUCUCGCGAACUCUGCCCGGAGCUGCCUUCGAACCGCGAUCCUCUUGAUCUCUGCCUUCUAAGCAGCUGGGAUUAUAGGCGUGAGUCACCGGCGCCUGGAUUUUUUUUUCCUCCUUUUUAUGCCGCGGCCCACCUGGAUGGACUGUGAUCCACUUCCCUAUGACUUCCCAUGUAGCUGGGACCCCAGGGGUGCCCCACCAUGCCCGGCUUGUUUGUUGAGACGGGGGUCUUGCUAACUUUUUGCCAGAAGUGGCCUUGAACCCCUUCCCCGCGCCCAGCCCUGCCCUUGGUGUCUUUGUCUUGAGUUUCUGGGAGGCGGGCAUUUUUGCUCAUCUAGAACAAAAGCAAAGAGAUCGAAUAGGUGGGGGUGCAGGGGAGAGGCAAGAUCCCGAGUGCCAAGGAAGAGAUGAGGCUCCCGGUGAAGUACUGGGUUGCUUUGGAGAACCAGGUGUGUCUUCAAGCUGAGGAGGCACUCACUGUCACUCCGACUUGGUGUUUCCUCCUGGCCAGGCCCUGUAGCCCCACCUUCCUCCCAGCUGCUUCAGUGGGGGCCAUGACUGAGAAAGCUGCAGCGCCUGCCCCAGUGGGCUGUGGGGACCGGAGCUACACAUACACCGAGCUGCUGGCCAUCUCGCAGCACUUCAAGCAGAACUCCAAUGAGCUCAUGCUCUCCUGGAUCCUGCGGGUAUAUGACCAUGGUGGUCUGGCCCUGUCCCUGACCUCUGGGGAGCUGGCGCUGCUAGGCGACCUGACCCACGACCCCAUCUUCAAUUACCACUGCAAAACCCUGCAGGGCAGCUGCAAGGCACUGCUGGCCUGGCUGCUCAAGGCCUGGCGUCAACGCUGGGAGUCCUUCCUGCACUUUGAGGCCACCGAGCUGUCCUUCCAGCCCUGGACCACCAUGGAAGAGGGCGUCCAGCUGGUGCGGGAGCUGGGCAUGCUCGACUGGAUCUACCGCGAGCCCCCAUCACUCCCUGAGCCUGAGUUCAGCGCACCAGAAGACGUGCCCUUCACCCAGGGCCUGCAGCAGCGCCUGUUCACAGCCGCUCCCUUGGAGCUGCGCCUCUCACUGGUCAAGGGCAUGACACUGGUUGAGGGCAUGACGGUGCUGGACGCCGUGCUGGAGAUCCAGACCAUUGCCAAUGUGGGCCUGCUCUGGCGCCAGAGCCAGCAGGGCCAACCCAAGCCCAUGCUGGGGCCCAACCCAACACACAAGGACCUGGUGCGCUGGCUGCUCAGACACGGUGUGCCCAGGGAGCAGGUGGCCAAGCAGCCCACCAAGGUCCUGCUAGAGCUGUACAUCAAAGAGGCCAAGCGCAGCCUCAGCCCCCCGGGCUACCGACCUGGUGAGGAGGAGCAGCCCCUGCCGCCCUGCCCCAACCAGGCCUGUGGUGAGGAGGCGCCUGUCCACCACACCUGCCCUUCACCUGGCACCUGGAGGACACUGGUUGCCCCAGCCAUGGGGGUGGGAGGCUGGGUUCCAAAAGAGCUUGGCCUCAAGUGCCUUCCCCAUGGACCUCUCAAGCACACAGUGGUCAGGGACCCCCGAAGGGAGGGACUUCCCCUCCCCCCACCACCCCCAUGGGCAGCAGAGGUGACCUCUUGCCAUGGCUGA